GUUGAGACGAGACACGGCUCUCGAUGCUUUAAAAUUACACUUUAUCCACUGAGAAAAACGCCCAGUUCUGGAACCGUCAACUACCGACCAUGACCUGAUUGAUUCGAUCCUAAACCCUUGAUUUACCCUGUAGCAUCGUGUCUUUUUGCUUCAACCUCAGCUCUCCCUUCAAUGGGCUCUUGUCACAAGUAAUGGCUAGGUAUGGUACAAAUUCCAAUUGAAUCAUACUACAAAAAAAAAACCAUGCUUGAUUUAUACUACUAAACUACCGAGUCAUUCCGUUGUCAUAGAUCUCAGCAUCUCAGUUUCGUCAGAAGUUGGCAGAAUGCAUAGGGGUGACCGUGGUGGCAUAUCAUCCGCUCAACGUAUCGCCUGACACAUCUUCAACUUAUCCAUUCCCACUGGCAGGAUGCAGAGGCGAGCAUGAAUCGCCUGUCCUUAUCGCAUUACAUGGAUAAUAUGCAUUGAUCAGUCCCCGGAUGCUAUAAAUCCUAGGAAUGUUUAGCGAUUUUAAGCGACAUUCGGAUCCUCAGUGAUGCGAUAUCGGUGGCUCGUAUCGUAUAAUGCCCCUCUUUCAACGUAUCGUUCAGCUGAAGAGAAAAGGGAUUGAGAAGUUUCAAGACAUUUUCAGUUUGAAUCACACCGAUAUUCGAAACAUGAUAGAUUCCAUGCGAGAGUCUUGUGAGAGAGCGAGUCAAACCUCCACGAUGCUAGAAGGAGCUGUUGAGUCACGUGUGAGUGUGACUGUCUCGAUCUCUUCCUGUCAUUCUGCUUCACGAUAUGUUCAACCCAACUCAUACUAUUUGUAUAAGCGGGUCAUAAACAUCGAGAUGGCGCCAAAAGUGUUUAUAUUAUCCCGAAACUCGUCGUUUCUCGUACGGAUAUUGUCAACUUUAUUCCGCCGACCAUUCACACUAACAGGGGAGCAUGACGUCGAUCUCCAGCCGAAUACACUAACAAUCAGUGAAAUUACUGACCCUCUUUGGAAGACUUCAGCACUCAAGCGCGUCUCCCUGGCCAAUUGCGAGUGGCACAGCACGCGUUGAGUAGGCUGUCAGUUGUGGCUCCGAGCCGUCUGGGGACUGUUUGAACGCUAACCAAAGACACAUUGGCCCAGGAACCAUGGUCGCAAAGGCUGCGGGAAAAAACCAUUCGUCAGGGGCCUUAAGAGCCUGCUGGCCAAUCUGAGUCUCUGUCGCAAGCCACAGGAAAACGUCCAGGGGUAGCGUGUCGAGAGUGCAAUGACACAUGGACGCCAUUUCCUAAAAUCAGGGACGAGACAAUCCAGAAUCAAAAUCUGAAUCUGAACGAGAAGCAGAACCGAGACAAUGGUGGUUAGAUGACCUGAACGAACCUGAACCCCAGGAUCUCUCUUACAGCGAGCCUUGGUGGAAAACGAUGCCGUUGCCCCAUCCGGCCCUCGUUCCGAACAUGCUGGUACCAUGGGCCGCAGAAGUCAUCCCUCUUUGGCAUCGAGAGCUGCACAAUUAAGCAUCACCUUGACAUGAUAUGGUAGACUCUAAUCUGCUCCGAGCGUGAUCCCCUGAGCCAAGAACUCGAACCAGGCACCGUCUCAACAGGAUUGGCUAGAUCAAGGCCAGGGGUCAGACAUGCCGACGUGUGAUUGGAGACGGUUACAUUACUCGACCCCCCGUCACAGGAGGUCAUCCACACAUGAACAGGGUCUCUCAGUUCCAUGUAGGUAUCGUGAGGCCAUGGCUCAGCAUGGGGCCUGACCACGAGCCCACUCAGACGACGGCCUCGCCUGCAGCUCAAUCUCCUUGUUGUGGGUGACUGCGCUGGUGUCCGCGCUUCUGCCCAUGGCUCAUUUCCUGGGGAUCCAUAUCCAUCUCGUGCACCUGUCGAUCUCUUAAUAUUCAUGUCCCUUGCUUCCUUGCCUGUCACUCAUUCUUUUUUGUUUCCUUGCUUUGUUAAAACGUUUCUGUCGCUGGUCCGCGAGUUCAUCGACCUUUCCUCGUCAGCUGCAUCACUCGUUCUGUUGCUCGACGACAAUUACACUCUUUUACCAAACGCCCGUCAGGAUAUAUGUCUCGUUCGUGACAAUUAGUUGAAGGACUGGAGGUAUUCGCGCAUAUAAAAUAAGAACAACCCGUUCUGGAAUUUACCGAAACGAAAUCGACUCGUAUUCACCGACGACAAUCUCAAUGAGACUCAUCAACCUUUCGGCUGCCCUUCUGGGCGCCUUAUCUGCGCCAUCAAUGGUCGCUGGCAAGCAACACGGUCACCGUCACAAUGGUCUUGAGCACUUGCGACAACAUCUUCCCGUUCAGUCUUCGACUCUUGAGAAGCGUGGUGGACAAUGCCAGUUCCCUACCGAUGACCCCAACAUGGUCGCUGUCACUCCCGAUGCGAAGAACGCCGGUUGGGCUAUGAGCCCCGAUCAGGAGUGCAAGCCUGGAUCUUACUGCCCUUUUGCCUGCAAGCCCGGUAUGGUUAUGAACCAAUGGGAUCCGGAUUCUACUUAUGAGUAUCCCGCUUCAAUGAACGGAGGUCUCUUCUGCAACAAGAACGGUGAAAUUGAGAAGCCUUUCAAGGGCAAGCCCAACUGUGUUUCUGGCACUGGUUCCAUUGAGGCCGUCAACAAGUGUGGUUCAAAGAUGUCUUGGUGCCAGACUGUCCUGCCUGGUAACGAGGCUAUGCUUAUCCCUACUCUUGUUACAUCUAGUGCAACUCUGGCUGUUCCCGGAUCUUCGUACUGGUGCUCCACCGCUGCUCACUUCUACAUCAACCCCCCUGGUACUGGUGAGGAGGGCUGCAUCUGGGGUACCGAGUCUGAGCCCAUUGGCAACUGGAGCCCCUACGUUGCCGGUGCUAACACUGAGGCCAACGGCCAGACCUUUGUCAAGAUUGGCUGGAACCCUAUCUGGGAGGACUCAGCUCUGAAGAGCAAGCUGCCCGACUUCGGUGUUGAGAUUCAGUGCCCUGACGGCGGUUGCAAUGGCCUUCCUUGCAAGAUCGAUCCUACCAAGGGUGAGGGUAACGUUGGCAGCAGCCUUUCCGCUAAGGGUGCUGGCGGCGCUGCCUUCUGUGUUGUUACCGUGCAAAAGGGCAGCACUGCUCAGAUCGUUGCCUUCUCCGCUGGCAAAGGCUCAUCCGGCGGUGAUGACGAUGACGAAGAGACCGAGUCUUCUACCGCUGAGGCUGAGCCCUCUACCACAGCCGCGGCCAAGACCACUUCCAAAGAGCCGGUUGUCUCUACUACCCAGGAGCCUUCGACUACCGCUGAGCCCACCACUUCGGCACUCUCUACCACCACUUCCUCCACCUCCAGCUCCACUACUAGUGUUGAGACUACCUCUUCUGCUGAGUCUAGCAGCACCACCGAGCAAGAGACUUCCUCCGAGACCACCACCGAGGAGCCUACGUCAACCAUAUUCACCACUGCUACUUCCAAGACCACCAAGCACAAGACCACUAAGAAGGUCUAUCCCACUGUCAAGCCUGGUAUCUUCCGUGAGAAUGGAACCUCUACCUACUCCUCCUCCGAGUCCGAGGAGACCGCUGCCGCCACUGAGGCCGACUCUGGAGCGGCUCCCACUCAGUCCAAGGAAAGCGAGGCAGGUCGCCAUCAAGGCAACACUGCUGUCGCUGGCCUUGUCGUCGCAUUCAUCGCCGCCGCUUGUUUCUUCUAAUUUCUAUAUCCUUUGACGACCACUUACCACUGCCUUGACGCAGCUGGCAUUCUAUUCACACAAACUAUUUUCUACGACAUUGCUUUGUUACUGGUACUUUACAUAUCUUAUCAAGCCAACUACCUAUCGGCGAUAGUGUCUAUUGUCUUAUUACUAGACUCCCCAACAGUCUUCUGGCUGUUGGGAAGGCUGGUUGCUAAUACCCGCCCCCGGGUAUAAUAUUCUUCAAGAGUCCCCUUGUCUGGGCUCUCUUGUGGGCCCGUGGGCAUUAUAUACAAGUUUCAACGCUUCAUUUCACGGUCGAUAUACCCUUUUUUGCACACAUUGGAGACUUUUUGGAUGUUUGGAGAAAACAAGCGAUGGUUUUAAGUUUAUUCUCGCGAUUAACGACGUAUGCACACAUGAAUCAGAGUUUUAGGAGGGAGGGGGAACUUGUACGGUUGAACAAAAGCAGGAGAUGGGUGUGGUUUAGUCGAUGGGAUGAUGCUCAACCAUCUCGGCUUAUUAUUACUAUAAAAACACUUUUUUGAUUAGACAUAUUUAAUGGGUGUGAUGAACGCUGUCACACGUAGCUACUGGAAAAGAAAUAUGUGUCUGGUCGUUUUGAUUGCCACAAAGUACAUCCUCAUAUUAUAGCCAUACUCUAAUCUUACUAUCCCCUGGGUAUCGUACAGAA